AUGCCGGCGGCCCUCCACCGCCACAGUGGCCACUGCAGGGCUUUGCUCCCUCGCCUGCGUGCUGGACUGCUUCUGCCACCGGGCUUGCUGCCGCAUCCCCCGAGCUCCAUCAGCAACUUUGCGGACCUGUUCGGAGAGGAGUUCCGGAGGCUCGAGGAUGAUGUCAGGCAGCAGCCCGCUGCGCCCCCGGUGGGGCAGCCCUCCUGGCAAGUGCGUGCCAGUUAUCAUGGAAUGAUCGCCGACUUCGAAAGGCGAAUCGCCGAGCUCAGGCCUGCCUGUUACGUUGCGUCGCUGGCUGUGCAUGCCCGGGCCACGGCCCGCGAGCAGGCCAGGCUACAGGGCUCUGCAGCCAUGCACCUGGGCCUACGGCUCCGCGACCUUGUCACCUACGGCUCCUGGAGCCCUUUCACGCUGCCGAAGCUCAUGGCGCGGAAGCGCGCCAAGCAGUCGCAGGCAAGUGCGCUGUCGGAUGAGGAGGUAUGCUCAAGCAUAGUGGGCUCCUCCACCAAGACCAGCGCUUCCUGGAAUGAGCGCGCGGAAGCCGCACAAGAGCUGGGCGCAGGCUACGUGCAGGAGACGGUGUUGCUCUAUUUGCUGCCUGCCUGCAGCCAGGGCAGCGGUUUCUAG